AUGCGCAUCUGGUGGACGAAUUGGCAGCCUCGGGAGCGCUCUCUAUCUAGCGAUAGUGAGUGCCCCACAGACACCCAUUUCAGUCACGCCAGCGAUGCGUCUUUUUGUGACGCGUCGGCUGAUGACGAGACUGGCGUGGAACCAGGCGAAAUGCCCCCUCUCCCAAGUGACACGCAACUGGUCACUGGCGAAGAGGCGGGGCAGUCUGAUUAA